UUUUCUCAUCUCAACAAAAGAAAAGACCACACGAUAAUGAUGAGCAUAGAGCAGAGCUCCAUCCACCCCUGACCCGUCUCCUCCCUCCGCUCUGCUCGUACCCACCGCAGGCCGGCCGGGAACCUCCUCCUCCUCCGCCGCCGCCGCCCUGAUUUCCCCCUUCCUCCUCCAGGCCUCUACUCCACCACCAGUCUCCUCCGUCGGGCCGCCGCGGUCGAGGGGCUAGUCCGCCGCCGGAGGGAGACGACCGCCCGCCGGCGACCGGGAGGCGCGCGCGUCCGGGACCGCGUCAGCUUCCUUCUCGAUCCGUGGACCGACCACCAACUGAAGCUCCCUGCCCUGGAGUAGAGUCUCUUCUUCGCUGUCAGUAGCGCUCCUUACGGCUUUGCCGCGGUCCCUGAAGCCAGGAUGGCGGCCUUGCCACUGGCCACCGCGGAGGUCUGCGACGCAAACUCGCACAUGAUCACCAGCGGCGAGCUCCGGGCCCUGCAGCCCAUCUUCCGUACCUACGGUGGGCGGCGGCUCUUCGCGGGACCCGUGGUGACGGUGAAGGUGUUCGAGGACAACGUGCUGGUCCGUGCGCUCCUGGAGGAGAAGGGCGAGGGCAGGGUCCUGGUGGUCGACGGCGGCGGGAGCCUUCGCCGCGCCCUCCUAGGGGGAAACAUCGCCAUGCUGGCCCAGAACAACGGGUGGGCCGGCAUCGUGAUCAACGGCUGCGUCCGGGACGUGGACGAGAUCAACGGGUGCGACGUCGGCGUGCGGGCUCUCGGCUCGCACCCGAUGAAGUCGGACAAGAAAGGGGCGGGCGAGAAGCACGUCCCGGUGACCAUCGCCGGCGCCAGGAUCUGCGACGGCGAGUGGCUGUACGCCGACGCGGACGGCAUCCUCGUCUCCGGGACCGAGCUCAGCGUGUAGUGUCAGCUCCCCAGAUGCCUGCCUGCGUUGUUUGUUCCUCUCUGUGUAUGCAUUUCCUUGUGUGUGUAACUGUGAAAUGAUAUGAUGUACUCCAUUGUACCCCAGGUGGAGUAUGAAUGAAUGAAGUGGGCUCUGUACAAAACAGAGGAGGGCUGUUGGUGGGGGCUCUGCACAGAACACAAGAGAAGCUCUGCUAUCCGAACUUGAGAUGCCAGGAGCUCUCAGCUGAACAUGUAAAGAAUAUAAUAAUGGCAAGCUUUAUAAUGUCUUGCCUGAUCAAAUGGAAUGAAGAUUGAGGAGUUAGGGAUUAUAAAUUUA